ACAAUAAACUAACAAUUGUUUUUAAUCAAAAAUAAAAGAAAAUGCAUCCAUACCGAAGAGAAACAUAGUUGCUUGAGCUGCUUUCUUGGAUUCCCGCUGCCUACCGAAGAGCCUAGACUAGCACAGCUCUUAAGAUUUGACCACAGCUGGAAGACUCUGUUCAAACAAGAUGUCGACGGGAUUAAAGUGUCGCAAUUGCGGAUCCAAUGAGAUCGAGGAGGACAAUACUCGAGGAGAUCGGGUUUGCACGAACUGUGGUUCUGUGCUGGAGGAUUCGCUCAUUGUCUCGGAGGUGCAGUUCGAGGAGGUGGGUCAUGGCGCCGCAGCCAUUGGACAGUUUGUCUCAGCCGAAUCAUCGGGUGGGGCCACAAACUACGGCUACGGCAAGUUCCAAGUGGGCUCGGGCACGGAAUCCCGCGAGGUGACCAUCAAAAAGGCCAAGAAGGAUAUCACUCUUCUCUGCCAGCAGCUGCAGCUGUCUCAGCACUAUGCCGAUACGGCACUCAACUUCUUCAAGAUGGCCCUCAGUCGUCACCUGACCCGUGGUCGUAAAAGCACCCACAUCUACGCUGCUUGUGUGUACAUGACAUGCCGCACGGAGGGCACCUCUCAUCUCCUCAUCGACAUAAGCGAUGUUCAGCAGAUUUGCUCGUAUGAGCUGGGACGCACAUAUCUGAAAUUGUCACACGCUUUGUGCAUCAAUAUACCGUCUGUGGAUCCCUGCCUGUACAUUAUGCGGUUUGCCAAUCGCCUGCAGCUGGGCGCCAAGACCCAUGAGGUGUCCAUGACGGCCCUGAGGAUUGUCCAGCGGAUGAAGAAGGAUUGCAUGCACUCGGGACGACGACCCACUGGACUCUGUGGAGCAGCACUCCUGAUUGCCGCACGCAUGCAUGACUUUAGCCGCACCAUGGUUGAUGUGAUCGGUGUGGUCAAGAUUCAUGAGUCGACGCUGCGCAAGCGCCUCUCCGAGUUCGCCGAGACGCCGUCGGGCGGUCUAACGCUGGAGGAGUUUAUGACCGUGGACUUGGAGCGAGAACAGGAUCCGCCUUCCUUCAGGGCAGCACGGAAAAAGGAUCGUGAGAGGAUCAAGGAUAUGGGCGAGCACGAGCUGACGGAACUGCAAAAGGAGAUUGAUGCACAUCUGGAAAAGGAUCUCGGGAAGUACUCCAGCAGCGUGUUCCGUCAACUGACGAAAAUCAAGGGCGACACUUCAUUUGGCUCGGAGCCUGGCACACCGAAAAGUGUCUGCGAGAACGACAUAGAGAUGGAGGACUCCAGACAGUUCAUUGAGCAGUCCAAUGCUGCGAUAAUCAAAGAUCUGAUUGAGCACAAUGAGGAUGUGAAAAAGACGGAGCCUGGCAGCCUGAUGGCAGGCAUUGAGGGCCUGCGGCCCGAUAUCGAGGCCAUUUGUCGGGUAACUCAAAGCGAACUGGAGGAUGUGGAGAGGGCAAAGCAGCCACUGGAAACAGAGCUCGUCAUCGACGAUCUGAACGAUGAUGAGUUGGAUCAGUAUGUGCUGACCGAGGAUGAGGCUGUGACCAAACUGGAAAUGUGGAAGAACAUGAAUGCGGAGUAUCUGCAGGAGCAGAAGGAGCGCGACGAGCGGCUGGCCAAGGAGCGGGAGGAGGGCAAGCCUGAGAAGAAAAAACGAAAGCCGCGCAAGAAGGUCAUCGGUCCAUCGUCUACGGCUGGCGAGGCGAUCGAAAAGAUGCUUCAGGAGAAGAAAAUCUCCAGCAAAAUCAACUACGACAUCCUCAAGACACUAACUGACAGCAUUGCCGGCCUGACGGGCCAAUCCCCGUCAUCCAGUGUGGACACUAAGCCCACAACCUUGGAGGAACUGAAGCAGCAGCCGGUCAUUGUGGAAGAGGGUCCCAUUGCCCCUAAGGGCAGUCGGUCCAAGCCAGCCUACGAUCUGCCUGGACCCAGCAGGAAACGGCCCAAGAUUGAGGCAGGCCUGCCUAUCAGCCAGGCGCCUGAGCUGGAGGUAGAGCAGCCUGAUACCAAGCCCGUAUUGGAAGCAGAUUUCCUGGAGGACGAGGCCGAGGUAGACGAGGCAGAGCCGGAGCCCGAGGCGGAGCCAGAGGCCUCGCUGCAGGACAUGCUGUACAAGGGCGCUGACGACGACGACGAGUUUGGCUACGGCUUUGAGGAGGAGGACUACUAGACUUAAGUUUGCAUUUAGCCCUUUCAGCGUUUUAGCCAUUAAGAUACGAUACACACAGAUUUUUAUAGUAUGCGUCUUACUAAUAAUAAUACAAUUAAAUUAAUCUCAAAGUCCUUCGCCCUGUUGUGC